AUGGCUCCCAGACGACACCAGCGUCUGUGCUCUCUUAGCUAUAUCCUGCUCGGGAGGUUUGUUGGCGCGGAUGUCCUAGCAAAACGCACGAAGAGGCACUUGGCUGAACUGGAGAGGUCGAACUAUGCUGAACACUCUGCGGGCAUCGAAGAUGACGAGGAUGGCCCUGGGAAGACCGCCAAAGGCCGUGCUCGGCAGACAAUCUCCGACAAGCGCAAUAUCAGUGGCACUGGACCGGGAGCGAAGCGAAAAAAGUCCACGAUGAACAUCCGUACUGCUGUUCUUUACAGGAAGAAACUGGCCGAGUUGGUAGAGGAAUCGCGCAUAGCGGAUCACCCUGCUCACAUACCCACGUAUCUCACCGCAGUGACAGCCCCGCCGCGGGAGCCUCCGCGUCUUCUUUGCUCAGUGUGCGGCUACUGGGGCAGAUACAAAUGUAAGAAGUGCGCGAUGCCGUACUGCGAUCUGAAUUGUGAGGCCGUGCACGAUGAGACGAGGUGCGAGAAGCGUGUUGUAUAA